AUGUCGAAUGUUUUUUAUUUUUCAAUUUCUACUUAUUAUUUAAUAUUUUUUAAUUUUUGUACAUUUAUUCAAUAUUCAUUAUUAAUUUCAAAUUAUAAAUUUUCAUCUUCAACAACAUUACAACGUUUUUUAUUCGAUGAACAAACGCAAACAAUUAUUGUUGCAUCAAACGAUCGUUUAUAUAAAUUACAUUCAUCAAAUUUAUCCAUACUUACGGAAAUUGAUACAUCAUCGACAUCUUCUACUACAGAAUUGUGUACCACCAUAAUAACCCGAGGAAAUAUAACAACAUCCUAUAUCAAUACUAAUCCUCUAAAUUAUUUAUCAAUUAAUUCAUAUUUAUUCAAUAAUCAAACAACGAUUAAUUCAACUUACAAUCAAUUAUUAUUAUUAACACCAUCUAAUGAUUUACUCGUAUGUUCAACAUCGAAUCGUGGUCUAUGUCAAAUACGUUCAUUAUCAAAUUUAACAAUUAUUGAAAAUUCAUCAUCUAGAAUUGUCUCUACAAAUAUUCACUAUUCAUCAUUUAGUUUUAUUGGAAAUGAUUCUAUUUUAUAUACAGCUGUUACAUAUGAUUCAUCAUGUGAUUCACUCUAUGAAAUUCCAGCAUUAUCUGGACGAUCAUUAUCGAAACAAUCGUCAACAUUUUUAAAAAUAUUUAAUCAUUUUUCAAAUGAUUUACAUAGUAGUUCAUAUUCAUUACGUUUUGUUAAUAAUCGAAUAGCUAGAGAAUUUCCAGUACAUUAUCUCUAUGGUUUUGAUCAUCGAUUAUUUACCUAUUUUUUAACAAUUCAAGAAUUAGAUAUACAACAACAACAACAACAUUAUUAUAAUCAUUAUUCGAGAACAUCAUCAUCACAAAAUGGUGGAAAAAAAUUAUUAACAAAAUUAAUUCGUUUUUGUCAAAAAGCACAACAAGCACCAAUUAAAAGUUAUGUUGAAUUACCAAUAACAUGUAAAUCGGCAUCAUCUAUCUAUUAUCCGUAUUUAAUUAGUGCUUAUUUGGUUAAAGAUGAUGAUAAUUCAAGAUUAUAUGGUGUAUUUAGAAAUACGACAACAUCGUCAACGACUAAUACAUCACAUGCUGUUUGUGUAUUCUCAAUGAAAUUAAUACGAGAAAAUAUUUUUCAAACAAUAAAAAAUUGUGUGGUCGAUGGUAAUGGACAACGAGGUCUUAGUUUCAUUAGUCCAGAUACACAUUGUUUACCAAAUAAAGUAAGUAUUUGCGUAAAAUCCCUAUUGAAUACUAAUAUUUCUCUCACAAUGGAACGGUUUGUACUGUCAAGCCGCUUUCAUGUUCGGAGCAUGUGUAUUAGAUAGAUCCCGGUGAAGCAUAAAAAAACCCAAAAGGCUAUGUGCUGAUGGGUCUUCCCUCCAGAGUUACAGUCAUUAUACUGGAAUUUUAGCCUAUUGCAUGGUAUCUACCAAAAACACUAAUCACGAUAUUUCGACCUGAAAUUUUGCCCACAAGUAGGCCUACUUGUAACUAGAAUG